AUGGGUCAGGAUUUGGGAGAAAAACAUGUGGAAGCUUAUCGAUCCCAACAAGCUAAUAUUCUAAUGACAAGAGAAAAUGAUCCUGAAGCUCCAAUUAUUCGCUCAGCACCUAUACUGUACAACGUGAAAAGUGAAUUUUUGCAGAGUCAAUACAUCGCAAAAGAUCUUUUGGAAGCUUUGAAAAUAAUGAAAUAUGGCGAUUGUGUAAAUUGCAUCGAUGAUAUUGGCUAUGAUCCCUUUUUUGUGCAAUAUUCCACGAAUGCAUCACUUCAAACGUACAAAAAACUAUGCGCAAAACCUGGUAAAACUUGUGUGAGCAUAGACAGUACAGCAGGGGUGGUGAAAAGACUGGAUGUGAAAAGAAUAUUUUUACAUGCUGUAGCACUCGGCGUUCCAGAAGGACAGUUUUCUAUCACUCAUAUGCUAUCGGAAGUUUCACACACACAAGCCAUAUGUAACUGGUUGAUGAUGUGGCGAAGGUUAAGAGCUCCUGUCCCAGACGCGUGCACUACUGACUGGUCGAGAGCAUUAUGA